UUUGCCAUUUUUGGCAUUAAUUUUAAAUCGGGCGUCACUUUCGGACGUGACUGUACAUUAAUAAUGAUUUAUGCAUCUUUCAAAAAGAAAAAAUUAUUUAUCAUCGAUCAUGCAGUAUAUUUAUGGAGUUUGCUUACUUCUUUUUUUCUUGCUUUGAUUUUAAUUAUUAUGACAAAAAAAAAAUAA